AUGGCUUCAAGACACACGUUGAGCUUCUCAACACGUCGCUCCACUACGAACAGUGGCAAAGAUGAAGCCGCCAUCACUGCGGUCGCAAAAAAUCCGGAGCUACCCACAAUCCCAAUCCCAACAUUCAAUGGCAACAUAUGGGACUGGUAUAACUUUUGGGAGCUUUUCAACUUAAACCUACAAAAAUUCAACUACCUGCUUAGCUCCUUAAAGGGGGAACCUCUACAAUCGAUGAAGAAGUUCCAACUCACUAGGCAAAAUCGCGCAAAAGCCAUAGAAUUUCUUACUAAUAAGUACAGUAAUUCUGAAGAACUCAUUCGCCAGCUCCUCAGAAAGAUGGACAAAAUCUCCCUUCACUCAUCGUCCAUACAAGAGCAACGCAAACUAUUGGAAGCCAUCAUAGGCCAAUUAGUGCAAAAAGGUGAAUAUGUCGACAAUCAGUCCACGUAUCAAAAGGUGCUUUCGAAUCCGGUCGGGAUCCAACGUAAAGUUCUUUACAAAAAGAUCACUUCUCCCGACGAACCCUUCAUCAUGCAGCAGCUUCUAAAAUAUUUCGAAGAGGUUAUAACCAGCGAGGAACUGGUAUGUCGCCAGACCACCUCAACACCUCCUCGAGAUACAGUUUGUCUCGACAAUAAAGUCAAAUAUUGGAGGUCGCCGACAACAAAGCUCUUGUGCAUGUAUUGUAAAGGCGAUCUAAAUACGAAACACCUCAAAGAAGAUAACAGUAUCUUAAAAAUAAUAAGCUAUGCCAUAUUUGCGCCUCUUCAUCCCACAACACAGUUCAGUGCAACGGGUCAUCAUGUUGUAAGUGCCAGAAACGUCACCACAGAUCAGGCUGUUUCUUUUCAACACCAAACGAGAAGACGUUCGUGA